AUGAUCUCUGCAGACCCCGAUGAGCCGCUCCACGUGUUGGACCUUCCCCAGAUUUACACGAAACCAUCCGGAACAGAGCUUCUUCAAACCCUCGAUCUCCUCACGAUCAAACCGCGAAGCUUUGGCUGCAGUGCUCAUGAACCGAUCAAAGGCCGGGCAGUCGAUCCCACGGGGCUGACUCGGUACUUGACUUCAAUCAUUGCGAGUCCUCUUACUUGGCUGGAUACCGAUGAGUUACGAGAGGCUAUCUGGGAUGCUGCGGCUGCUCGCCUCAGUGAGCGGUCUGGCCGGACUGCAAUGCCGGCGAUGUCUCGCGUUUUCGGAAUUCCCACGUCAUGGGGCGAAGAAUUUACAUUGACCCUCCACGAGCCCUCGUUGACCUCCGACAACCUCGGGAUGAAAACUUGGGUUUCCUCCUAUCUCCUUUCCCAACGCCUCAAUUCGCUGCUUGACUCUACUCCUGAGCUUGUCCCGUCCGAAUCAACCACUCCCGUCGCAGACUGCACACUUCGAGCCCUGGAACUAGGUGCUGGUACCGGCCUCGUUGGUCUCUCUUUCGCGGCGCUACGCGGAAAGUCAGCAAAGAUCCAUCUCACAGACCUUCCUGAAAUCGUGCCGAACCUAUCCCACAAUGUAGCUCUAAAUGUAGAGCUGCUCACCAAAACAGCCGCGACAGUCACGACAGGAGUCCUGGAUUGGUCCGUCUCGCCAGAAACUCCUCCAUCCUCGGAAGAACAAUACGACUUGAUCCUUGCUGCUGAUCCGCUAUACUCCCCAAGCCACCCGCAGCUACUUGUGGACACAAUCACCGUUUGGCUGAGUCGGGGUCUCGAUGCCCGUGUUGUGCUGGAGAUGCCUCUGCGGGAUGCAUACCUGCCACAGGUGCAGGAGCUCCGAGAGCGGAUGGGAAAGCUUGGUUUGGCAGUGGUCGAAGAUGGUGAAGAGACAGGGUACGACGAUUGGGAGACUGCUGACGGAGGCGCAGUCGCAGUGCGAUGCUGGUGGUCCGUCUGGGGUUGGAGCGAGAAGUUAUAG